AUGCAUCAUAAUGAGACGAACAAUGAACCACGCCACCAUUUAUUUCACCUGAUACAAAAGAAUGACGAUCCGACUUUUCACAACCAAAGCUGGAUUGACCAGUCUAUCAACAAAGCUGGAGUGCCCCAUUCUGGCAACCAAAGCUGGAUUGACCAGUCUGGCAACCAAAGCCUGAGAGCCCAUUCUGGCAACCAAAGCUGGAUUGACCAGUCUAUCAACCAAAGCCGGCGUGCCCAUUCUGGCAACCAAAGCUGGAUUGACCAGUCUGGCAACCAAAGCCUGAGAGCCCAUUGUGGCAACCAAAGCUGGAUUGACCAGUCUGUCAACCAAAGCCGGAGUGCCCAUUGUGGCAACCAAAGCUGGAUUGACCAGUCUGUCAACCAAAGCCGGAGAGCCCAUUGUGGCAACCAAAGCUGGAUUGACCAGUCUGUCAACCAAAGCCGGAGAGCCCAUUCUGGCAACCAAAGCUGGAUUGACCAGUCUGUCAACCAAAGCCUGAGAGCCCAUUCUGGCAACCAAAGCUGGAUUGACCAGUCUGUCAACAAAAGCCUGAGAGCCCAUUCUGGCAACCAAAGCUGGAUUGACCAGUCUAUCAACCAAAGCCGGAGUGCCCAUUCUGGCAACCAAAGCUGGAUUGACCAGUCUGGCAACCAAAGCCUGAGAGCCCAUUCUGGCAACCAAAGCUGGAUUGACCAGUCUAUCAACCAAAGCCGGCGUUCCCAUUCUGGCAACCAAAGCUGGAUUGACCAGUCUGGCAACCAAAACCUGAGAGCCCAUUCUGGCAACCAAAGCUGGAUUGACCAGUCUGUCAACCAAAGCCGGAGUGCCCAUUGUGGCAACCAACGCUGGAUUGACCAGUCUGUCAACCAAAGCCGGAGAGCCCAUUGUGGCAACCAAAGCUGGAGUGACCAGUCUGUCAACCCAAAGCCGGAGAGCCCAUUGGCAGCAAAAGCUGGAUUGACCGAAGUGGAAAACCAUGCUGUUCCCGCGGACACCGAAGGCCGAGGAGAAGAAGUGCCCGAAAGAGUUAUCUAUUCAGAUGAUGAAAAUAUAAGUCUGUCACUGGAGCUUAGUCCAAACGGCCGACCUCCAGAUAUUGGGUUCGAUCCACACUCAAGCACAAUAGAAGUAAGCCCACGACAUUUCUCUGUUUCUGCCUCUGGUCUACUCUCUCUCCCUCUCUGUUCUACUCUCUCUCUCUCUCUCUUUCUCUCUCUCUAA